GCCGUCGGAGCAGGAGUGCUGCGUCCAGGAUCGCCGGCCACGGCCAUCCCAACCCGGCACUCGCAGCCCCGCAGCGCAUCCGGGUCGCAUCCCUGCCUCCCGCACCCCAGUCGCCGGAGCUGCGCUGAGUGCUCCAGGGAGGUGCCAUGCGGAGUGGGUGUAUGGUGGUCCACGCCUGGAUCCUGGCUGGCCUCUGGCUGGCUGUGGUCGGGCGCCCACUCGCCUUCUCGGACGCGGGGCCGCAUGUGCACUACGGCUGGGGCGACCCCAUCCGCCUGCGGCACCUGUACACCUCCGGCCCCCACGGCCUCUCCAGCUGCUUCCUGCGCAUCCGCACCGACGGCGUCGUGGACUGCGCGCGGGGCCAGAGCGCGCACAGUUUGCUGGAGAUCAAGGCAGUGGCACUGCGGACCGUGGCUAUCAAGGGCGUGCACAGCGUGCUGUACCUCUGCAUGGGCGCCGACGGCAGGCUGCAGGGGCUGCUCCAGUACUCGGAGGAAGACUGUGCUUUCGAGGAGGAGAUCCGCCCUGAUGGCUACAAUGUGUACUGGUCCGAGAAGCACCGCCUCCCGGUCUCCCUGAGCAGCGCCAAACAGCGGCAGCUGUACAAGAAACGAGGCUUUCUUCCACUGUCCCAUUUCCUGCCCAUGCUGCCCAUAGCCCCAGAAGAGCCUGAGGACCUCAGGGGACACCUGGAAUCUGACGUGUUCUCUUCACCCCUGGAGACUGACAGCAUGGACCCAUUUGGGCUUGUCACGGGACUGGAGGCGGUGAACAGUCCCAGCUUUGAGAAGUAACUCAGGCCAGGCCCAGGACCCCUCACUGCUGCCAGGGACUGUGGAACUGGCAGAGUGGAGGCCAUGCAUCUAUAAGAACCGUCCUGAGUCCACACUCUGUGUAGCGUUAGGAAGAAACAUCUAGAAGUUGUACAUAUGCAGAGUUAUCCAUUGGCCGUGCCAGUUUCUAGCCGAUAGACUUGUCUGAUCAUAACAUUGGAAGCCUGCUGCCUGCCCAGCUGCUGCCCAGGCCCCCAUCCCACUCCCCCGAGGCUGCGGGACAAGCUGCUAUGCUUGAACACCUGCCCUGAUGGGGAACUUACUUCCUCUGGAAAAAUUCCUAUGUUGAGCUGCAAUUCUCUAAUUUUUUCUCAUCACUUCCCCAGGGGCAGCCGGGAGACAGGCAGUGGUUUUAAUUUCAGGAAGAGGUGAUCAGCUCCGUAAAACAGCAGGUACAUUUCACUCAAUCCCAUGUGGGAAUUGAUCUAGAUCUCAACUUCCAGGGACUGUUUGCCCUUCCCGAACCCUCCAGGCCAGAACUGACUGGAGCAGGCAUGGUCCACCAGGCUUCCGGAGCAGGGCAAGCCCAGAGCCCCACUCCAGCCGUGGGAUGCCUGAGAAGUCCCCCUAAGGUCGGUUCUGCUGUGGACUACAAACUUCCCUGGGCUACUCAUUAGUCUGCCCCAAGAAAGAUAAGAUCAUUCUCCUCCUUUCCUUCCUCUUGUUAGACACCAUCAUACUGUAUAUAGCUGACUCGUGCCGGGCUCAGAGCUGGUUCCCCUAAGGUGGACGGUGGAGCUGCCACCUUUGCCUCCAGCUCAGAGGGACGGGCAGUAAGGACAGCCAGUCCCAGCCAUGGUGACAUGGGGUUUCCAGGGAAUGGGAUCUGCCCAGCUCGUGUGGAUGUAAGGGGCACUCUGGUAUGGAACCCACAGGCCUGCACCCCUUCCUAAAUCUCCCCCACUUCACCUGGGGUCUCUCCCUCCUUUCGUGAGAGCUGUGGACGCUGUCCUGAGAAUGACUGCCGUCCCAGGUGUCACUGCUUCCACCUCCUGGCCCACCUGGCCCUCUACCAUCCCCACACGUCUCCCCGUGGACUGGGACUUCCUAGGCCCCUGCUUUAUAUCAGCUUGCACUUCUCAUUCAAAAAUCACGAAAAGAAAAGGUUUGCAGACCUCAAGUCUUGCCAGCGGCUUGCGGUGCGGAAGCAGUGGGGAGAGACUUCCACCUUUUCCCCAGCACUUGGUUUUCCGACAUGCUAUUUAUGAGUAAUUUAUUUUGAUAUGUACAUCUCUUAUUUUCUUAUUAUUUAUGCCCCCAAAUUAUAUUUAUGUAUGUAAGUGAGGUUUGUUUUCUACAUUAAGACGGAGUUUGUUUGUA